AUGUGGAAAUGGCAAAAAGAACUUGUACGUCGACAAGAUAUGACAGGUGAAUUUUAUGGCCGAUACAUCGAUGAUAUUUUUAUGACAUGGAAUAGAUCCGAAAAUGGCUUGAAGCAUUUAUUAAACGAAGCGAAUACUUGGCACCCAAAUAUUAAAUUAGAAUAUAAAAUUAGUAAAAGUCUUCUAUUUCUUGAUGUUGUUCUUACAAAUAAUAAUGGUAUGCUUUCAACAUCUGUCUAUCAUAAACCAGCAGCAGAACCUUACAUUGUACCAUUUAUAUCUGAUCAUCCAAGACAUAUAUUCGUUAAUGUUAUACAAACAAGUCUUACACGUGCUCUAAGAAAUUCAUCAACAUUUGAAAUAUUCAACAACGAACUUAUCAAUAUUAAAAUAACUCUAUUGUACAAUGGAUAUCCAUCAUCAUUCAUUGAGAAACAAUUUCGAAAUUUUUUUCUGAAUAUAUAA